CUACUGGAGGAGACGGUGAUGGCAGCAACGCUCAUUGCAUUGUGGGUUUCUGGAGGAGACGGUGAUGGCAGCAACGCUCAUUGCAUUGUGGGCUACUGGAGGAGACAGUGAUGGCGACUUUGGCGGUGAUCCGAUGUAGUUUGAGAUCAUUAGCGGCGAGGAGCAGGGUGGAUUGUAACUUUAGAGGCGCUGCUUUAUAUUCUACGCCAUCUUCGCUAAACUCUGCUCCACCGACCGAAGCUGUAACAAGAGGCAAUAGAGCAUCUCCAAGAGCAAAACAAAGGAGAGAGCCUGUACCUCCAAGGACUGAAAAGAUGGAAGUGGACCAGAACUGGUGCAAUGUGUACCCAACCGCUUCAGCAUUUAAACCUUCUGUUGUACCUCUUCCUAUUCGCAUGGGCUAUCCAAUAGAAAGAGGAGUCCCACCAGACAAGAUAGGAAACCUAGAGCUAAUUAAGAUUUCAAAUUUCUUGCAUCUCACUCCGCCUGCAAUAAAAAGACAUUGCACAGCUUUAAAAGAGUUCUGCACUGAGUGGCCAGCAGCACUCGAUAGUGAUGAAAAGUGUGAGCAGCACUUCCCAAUCAAAAUUGAGACAACUGAUUAUGUUGCAGCAGGACCCUCUCUCCGCAAUCCCAAGGCCAGAAUGGUCACCUUGACAGUUCAAGAGUCCCAAAGGAUAUGUUUCCUGCCUGGUGCCAAGUACAGGACGUUUCAAAACAGCUGGGAAGAGAGAAGGAGGAUCCAGUUGUUAUGCUCUAUAACCGAAUCAACAACAGAAAAAUUAGGGAAGAGACCCUGCUCAAGGGAGUAUCAGCGAUUAGAAAUUAAAUUUAAAGGCAGGAUUCUGUUGGUUAUAAUCUCUUACCCAAAUUAUCAUCGGGUCAAAACAGUUAAAAAAGUCAACCUGUGGCCAAAGGAAUGUUGUGGGAAAGAGGGUUUCAAUUUCACAGGACGCUAUAGUAUUACUUGGACAGGAAGGAGCUGUACAGUUGGGAUUGACUGCAACUGUGCUUGGACCAAUGUGCUAGCAUGAAAGAUAACCAGGGCUGUAAGUAUGGUUUUUAAUAACAACAUAGGGUGAAGGGAAUUGUUAAAUGUUACAAAAUUCUGGCAGUAAAAGAAUUGGAAAAAGAGCGUAGGUCAAGCUAAAGGAAGGAACAGGGUUAACACAAAUUGCAAAUAGAGCAUAAUGGUAAAAUAAGUAAAAACUAUAAAAGGUAUAAUAAAUUAAACAGUUGGUACUGCAAUGUAUAUAGUAUUCAAAACAAAAUAGAUGAACUAGAGGCAAUCAUUUGUAAAGAAGAUAUAGUAGGGAUGACUGAAACAUGGCUACAUGAAGAACAGAUUGGCAACUAAAUAUUGCUGAAUAAAACACACUUGGAAAGCAGGGAAGGUGGCUAGCUCUACUAGUUAACUGUAACAAUGGCAGUAGAAAAAAAAGAUAUAACUAUUAAUUAGAUACAGCAUCCAUAUGGAUUGAGUUAAAAGAUAAGGGGCGGAAUUUUACAACCUUUUUGCGGAGGGGGCAGGGCCAAAAAGUGCAGUGAGUCAUUCAAAAGCCAUUGACUUUGGCAGGACCAGAAGAUCCCACUGCCAGGAGGGUCUGUAAAAUUCCACCCAAUAUCACCCUAAUAGAGGUAGACCACAUUGAUAAUUUGAUUUUGAACUUUUGAAGGAAAUUAGAGAAGCAAAUAAGAGGUGAAUGGCAGACAUGUAAUACCUAUCAAGGGAAAUUUCAACUACCUCCUAAUAAACUGGCAUGAAGUAA